AUGGCCCUGGUAACAUCCAAGGACGAAGCUGACCUGAGCAACGAGAUAUUCGACAUUGCAACCAACGGUGAUCUCGUCAUCCGUCUCAAUGAUGGAUUGGUGAGAGAACGACAGGGUUGCUGUUUCAAUGCCGGCCAAAGACAUUCUUCAGGUCGCUAUUCUAGCAUUCAAGUACGACCGGUGUUCAUCAUGGCACUCUUGACAAAAUUCUCGGGGCCAUACAUAAAGCUUCUUCAUGUCCAUGACCUGUUAUUGAUAGAGGCAAGGGUCUUCAAAUACCGGCGAAUCUUGCUCUUGGAGGAACGAAGAAGCCAUCUACAGCAAGAACUUCUCAGGAUUAUCCGUAAAAGAAUCAGGGACGACUUUCUCACCUUCCCUUACUGCUCCUGUACCUCUCCGGAGUUCAAAGAGAUCUGUGCAAAGUUCGAGGGCGAUUACACGCCAGACAAGUUAACAGGCGACUCCAUGUCUGUUCUCAAGAUUUUGACAAUUUUGACGACAACCAUUCCGAAUGAUGUGCGUGGAUGGCAUAAUUGUUUGAUCCACAAAAACGAACUCGACAAGCUUUCGUCCAUGGAAACGGACUCUAAACAACUGGUGGCCUUGACACAAAGGCUGGCAGUCUGUCAGGAGCCAAUCCGUAGUCGUAAAGCACCCUUAGCAACUCCUCCCGCUCAGGAAUGGUCGGCAUCGAGGCAAGAAUGUCGUCCCGGAUCUUUGACUGACCGACGUCAUCGCGGUUGUCAAUGCUUUCCUUCGCCGUUCGUCUGUACACUCAGCGCGAGUAUGCCAGACGAUCCCGGAAAAAGGGGCGGUGCGGCAGACUCGGUUAUUGUGCAUCUUAACAAUAGGUCCUACGAUAUGAGCUACCGAGAAUUAGAGGUAUAA